AUUUUGAAUUAAUAAGAGUUUAUAGCUGAUUCCGCAAUAAUAAACAAAAAAGAGAGCAGUAAUUAAUUAAAUAAUGGUCAAGGAAGCCAAAUGCAGUCGAUCUUUAUUCAACAAGAGAAAAAAUAUAUAGCCCCCUAAAUAUGGAAUUCUAGGAGGACCUGGAGGAAAUCCUAUCGGUUUAGAUUUUUAAUCGAAGACAAGAAUGAAUACAAUUGAAAGGGCUACAAAAAUUGCUGGAUCAUGUAUCCUUCCUUCCUUGAAAGUCAAACUUGGAGAGCAAUUUAUCGACGAAACAGUUUUUUUAGAAUUUAAACCGAUACUGCAAACUAAUCUACACAUCUUACUUGAUAUUUUUCAUUCUAAUCAACAUGAGUUGUUGACCAUCGACAUAAAUACUUUGCAGUUUAGAAAAAACUUCAUAAUCGUAUUGUGCGAACAAUCAACUCAAUACAACAUCGUUUUUCAAGACAAAGAUACAGAUAUAGAAUACACGAUCAAUAAUCUCUUUCGCAAUCAUGUAAAUAAGUUAUGCAAUGAAGACGAAAAACUCUUGCAAAAAAUAUUUGAAUACUAUCAGAGCACGUUAAAGAAGGAAAACUGGAAAUAUAAUAUUGGUGCAUUGAAUAGUUUUCCCAUAUUUGUGAAUGAGUUGUACGGAACAAAAUCAAAAGUGAUUCUUGACUUUGAGAUAGCCAAUUUCAUAUUAGCAUCAGGACUGAACUUUAUUGACCAUUUUGAGCCCAAAAUUCAAAUAGUCGGAAUAAAAUUGUUUAACAUAUUAUUACUUCAACAAAAUGCCGCCAAAUUAUCGAAGUAUAAUAUCCAUGAAGUAAUUUUGGAAAAUGCAGAGAAACUAAUACAUAAAUUUAAAGAAGUCGAUUUCGAGGUGGAAUUAUGGCAAUGUUUACUAUCUUGUUUCUUAUUUCGUAUGGAAAAACAAACUCCAGAAAUAUGGAGCAAAUUCGACGAUAUUUUUGAACAAUUGCUUCAAAAACUGGCUAUCGAAAGUGAUAAAAGUCUAUCAAUACUUUACAUUCAUUUUAUAAUCCAUUUUAGCCUGAUAGGAGACUCAGAACUCCAUAAAAUCAAUGACUCACUCGAAAUAAAUUCUGGAAAAGAUUUGAUAAAAUACGUUAAAUUAGAAAAUAUUGCAAACAAGCAAAAGAAACUCUUAGAAAUUAUCAAUACAUGCAAGCAAGAAUGCCCAUCUACGAAUUUUCGAAUUUUACGCUGGUUAAAGAAAAUGUUAUGUAUCUUUCAAAAUGAAACACUGAAAUUCGGAGGCUGUGGUACAGCAGUAUCAAUUCAUGUAAAUGAGCUUCAUUUGUUAUACUGCAUAAGCAUCUUUACUGUACCAGCUCAAAUUCUAGGUAUAAAUUUUGCGACCAAAUGUCGUAAACUAAUCGGUACACUUUUAGAAGCCUAUCACCUUUUUAAACUUGAACCAUUUAUUUGUCAGAGUAUACGGGAGUUUUUAGGCACAAUAGAAGCACAUUUGAGUCGUAAUACAAAUUCAAUAGAUCCUAAAAUUAGCACAAUAGUUCAAAAAAUAUCCAGAAAAAAUUCAGAGGAUGUGAAGGAAUGCCAAAAAGCCUUAAAAUUCUUGUUGAAUCAAUUGCAGUGAAUAUACAUAAUUCAAAUAGUUACUACAAAAGUAAUGAUAUUUAUACUUAUACACGUAACGAAUGUUUGUUCAACCUUUUCAAACUUAAUAAAUGUCAAAAUUUCGACGAUCGAAAAAAUUUUGAUAUGUCUGAAUCUAAACCAAAAUGUAAAUAAACAAAAAUAAUUACUAACUCACAUGUUUGAAUUCAAAUGGAACAGAAUGAAUAAUAUAAGUUAUGUGCAGAGAGUCUUAUUUUCUUGUUCUUCAUUAGAUCAGAUAAAUUUUGAGGAAAUAUGUAAAAAUCUAUCGUGGGACGAACAAAAAUUGUUUUUUGAUGAUACCGCUAUCCACCCAUUAUUACAAAGAUAUCCCAUAAAACGUAGCUAUUUAAUAAAUUUUGUAAAACGUUUGAUCGAUGGAAUUGCAAAACACACCAGCGAAGUCCAUGACGAUAUUUAUAAUUUUCUGUGCGAUUUAAAAGGAGCAAAAUAUGAUGAAGAAUUUGUGUUUAAACACUUCAUUUAUGAUGACCAAGACAAAUUCAACUUUAGUUUGUUUAGUAAUAAGCUUGUGCUUUGCUUUGACAUCGGCACAAUUUUUCGGCGGAUUUCCAAGAUCUUCUAGCAG